AUGGCCACCCCCGCUGCAACCAAACGCCUCACCAAGGAGUACGCCGCCAUCGCAAAGUCGCCGCCGCCCUACAUCGUCGCCCACCCCUCCGAGAACAACAUCCUCGAGUGGCACUACAUCCUCACCGGGCCCCCCGAAACCCCCUACGAAGGCGGCCAGUACUGGGGCACCCUCAUGUUCCCGCCCGACUACCCCUUCGCCCCGCCCGCUAUCCGCAUGCACACGCCCUCCGGCCGCUUCCAGCCCAGCACACGCCUGUGCCUCAGCAUAUCCGACUUCCACCCAAAGAGCUUCAACCCCGCCUGGGAAGUCAGCACCAUCCUCACCGGCCUGCUGAGCUUCAUGACAAGCGAGGAGAUGACCACGGGAAGCGUGCGCGCCAGUGAGAAUGAGCGCAAGUUGUUCGCGCACCGCUCUCGCUGGUGGAACAGCACAGGCGGCGGAUCCAGGCAGAGCAGCACACCGAGCGCAAACUCGCGCGGCAUUGGAGCUAUCAAGGCGGGUGACGGCGGCGCCAAGUUCCGCCUAGAGUGGCCUGAGGUGGACGAGGAGAAUCUGAAGUGGAUGCAAGAGAAGAACAUCGACACUGCCACGGGUCUGCCACGUCCUGCACACUCAACCGCACAAGCACACUGUCCGCCCGAGGUCGCUGGGCUGCGGCGGAGGCCCAACGGGAGCGCGUCAACGGUAAUACAGGACGCGCAGAUUGCGAGGGAGGCUGGCCAGGGAUAUGUGAGCAGGAACAAGUGGAAGCUCAUCUUCGGCGCCAUCGUGACCUACAUUAUGGUUGCGCGCGUCUUGGGCGAUGGGGCUGUUGCUGCAUCUGCUUAG